AUGUUUUUAGAGCCUUUGCUAAAUUUCUUGCAGGAAUUCCAGCCUGCAGGACGUUUAGUCGAGCAGGAUCUUCGCUUCCAGCAUGGAAGUUUCCAGUAUUCCGAGUCCCCUUACUCCCAAGCCCCAAACCCGCCCUCAUCGAACCCCCCACCCCCCUACCCGGGCAUUAAAGCUAACGGGAUAGCGAAUGGACAGGCUGAUAAGUCAUUCCUCAGAGCUCAGAUGGAGGUGGAUGUGCUUAAUCAUUGUUUUGAUGACAUUGAAGCGUUCAUUGGAAAGUUGCAGCAGUCAGCAGAGGCUCAGAUUAUUCUCUUCCAAAGGAGCCAAAAGAAGAAGAAAAGCCAGAAGAAAAGUGCCGACGAGGAUCUUCUCACCGCGAAAGCCAAUCCACCUUCUGAGAAAGAGUUUAUCGACACUUUCCAGAAAUUUAAAUACAGCUUGAGUCUGUUGGCACGGUUAAAAUCUACAAUCACCAAUCCGACCUCAGAAGAGCUCGUUCAUCACAUCUUCAAACCGCUUGAGAUGAUCGUGAAGGCAACAAGAGGUCCUGGUUUAGCUGCAUCCGUGUCCAGUCCGGCUAUGACACAAGGAGCCGUGACUCUGCUACAGGAAAACCUGACAGCACAGGAAAAUGAGUUAUGGGUCUCACUGGGGCCCAACUGGACCCAUCAGAGAUCUGCUCUACGGAGUCCUGUGGCGCCGUACACGCCUGUGUUUCUGGAUGGAUGGAAGCUUCCGGGGUCAGAGGUCGCCGGUUGGGUCGACCCGUUGGAAUCACAACACAGACAAGAUGCAGAGCUCUCUAAAGUAGAGCUUACGCCCUCUCAGCUCUCCGAUCAUCACGCUCCCCCUGCUCAGACUGCAGACACACAUGAUGGUGUUGUUGUGAAAGACAGGUUGUAUCGCUGCAGUUAUGACUUUGUUGCACGAAACAACAGUGAGCUUUCAGUACUGCAAGGAGAAAAACUAGAGGUGAUCGAGUCAUCUAAGCGCUGGUGGAAGUGUCGUAAUAAAUUUGAUGAGGUGGGAUUUGUGCCGUUCAACAUUUUGGAGCCCAACAUACACAUGGACAGUCCUGUAACACAUAAAACUCCAAAGCCGCCCGCUGUUCCACCAAUCUCCAACUCCCUGCCCAGCCUCUCCGCCUUGACCUCUGACCCCAGCUCCCCUCGACCACGCAGCAUGGUUCUCGGACCACAACAUCAUGAGGACACAGAGAAAGUGAUGCAGGUAAAUGAUGAAUUACUGCAGCGAAUAACCAACGGGAAGAAUUUAUCACCCCGUCUGACGAUUCCUCGCUCCAUGGACACAUCGGCCCCACUGGAUUACAACUCGCCUCCUGCAGAGGUGGAAAACUGGCUGCGAAAGAAAGGCUUCAGUGAACCGACAGUUCAGUGUUUGCAAGUGCUGAAUGGAGCUCAACUCUUCUCUCUGAAUAAAGAAGAGCUGCGUGCUGUUAUUCCUGAAGAGGGCGCUAGAGUCUACAGUCAGCUCACAGUACAGAGAGCCCAGCUGGAGGAUGCUCGUAGAGCGACAGAGUUGGAGGCUGUGAUGGAAAGACAGAAGAUGAAGGUGGAUCUGAAGCUGGAGAGUGAAACUCUAUAAAUGUAUCUAUUCAUGAUUAAACAUGCACACUGACAUGCAGACUAAUGUGUAUAUAUAUAUAUAUAUAUAUAUAUAUAUAUAUAUAUAUAUACACACACACACCUGCUGUCAUCUUAUUAUUCUCUCUCUGUCUCACGCACGAGUGUGCUUGCACAAGAUCUUGUAAGUGUUCCUGUAACCUGCUUAGUGGAUUAUUUUCAUUUGACAUUUAGCUUUAUAGCUUGAAAAGCAGCACAAUUAUAUACAAAAUGUUAAAUUUUUAUUGUAAUAUGGAUUAAUAUAUUCUCAACCAAUAAAUGUAAUGCACAAAUGUGAUGCGAGCUGAAACUAGCAAGUCAUUUUUCUGCCCAACGGGGGUGCCAUAAACCACCUGAUUUGACCCCACAAUCAAGAUUUUAUAUGUUGUUUCUCACCAGCUGCAUUUUUUAAUUGAAGUGUGGAAUGUGUGUGUGUGUGUGUGUGUGUGUGUGUGUGUUUGUUUUGAUUAAGACAGCUGCAUGGGUGUGUUAGAGA